AUGAAGUGGAAGGUUCCACUUUAUGUUGGGAUUCCUCCAGCUCGUCGUCAUGGACACACAGCCUUCAUCCUCCAUGGUCAUCUGUAUGUAUUUGGAGGAAAGAAUGAAGAGCAGGAGUUUAAUGACCUGAAGGUGAUGAAACUCAUCAACCCCUCAGAGAGGCAACCAGUUUUGACUGUCAACAGCUUCACCCCUACAAAGGUCCCCAACGUCCGCUAUGAGCUGAGUGAGUCCACUCCAUUCAUCCAGUCCAGGAGCACAUCAGCUAAUGCAUUUGUCCACAGAGAAUUCAGUGCAGUUCGAGAUCAGGCCAUGAAAAUGAUCCAGACAGCCUUCACUCUACUGGACCAGGAGUUCCAGAAACUGGAUCGAGAGAAGUCAAAGUUGUCUAAAGCUGCUGCUUGUCUUCAAAGAGAGAAAGAAGCUCAUGAGGCCCACAGACGACAGCAGCAACAGGAGCUGCAGGAGAUGCUGGACAGACAUCGUUCUCAGAAUGAGGCAUGGCUCCGAGCCAGAGCUGAGGAGAAUGACGGAGAGAGGAGGGAGCUCUGCAGACUCAGAGAGGAGGUGUUGCAGGAGCAGGAGAGGCUGAAGGAGGAGCAGAGCAGCAUCCAGAAACGCAGCGAACAUCUUCUCUCCAUCAUGCAGCAGUUCAGAUAG